AUGACUGCUGUCUUUCUGAUGUCCAUGCUUUUUGGCCUUGCAUGUGGGCAAGCGAUGUCUUUUUGUAUUCCCACUGAGUAUACAAUGCACAUCGAAAGGAGAGAGUGUGCUUAUUGCCUAACCAUCAACACCACCAUCUGUGCUGGAUAUUGUAUGACACGGGAUAUCAGUGGCAAACUGCUUCUUCCCAAAUAUGCUCUGUCCCAGGAUGUUUGCACAUAUAGAGACUUCAUCUACAGGACUGUAGAAAUACCAGGAUGCCCACUCCAUGUCGCUCCCUAUUUUUCCUAUCCUGUUGCUUUAAGUUGUAAGUGUGGCAAGUGCAAUACUGACUAUAGUGACUGUAUACAUGAGGCCAUCAAGACAAACUACUGUACCAAACCUCAGAAGUCUUAUCUGGUAGGAUUUUCUGUCUAA